AUGGAAGGAUUAAUUAAUGUAUUAAAAGAUCAACAAAAUGUUAUAACAAAGGGACUAACUAAUUUUAAAAAAUGUGGUAAAGAUAGGUUAACCAUAGAGUAUGUGGAAACAAGACAAGAAUUAUUAGAAAAGGAUUGGGCAUUGUUUAAAGAAAAUAAUACUAAGUUAUACGAACGUUUCAAAGCAGAAGAUAUAUCACAAAGGGUUGUUGAUAUUUAUGAUGCUACAGAGGAUACUUAUAUUGUUUACAAAAGCUUAAUGAAAACUACCCUUAACACAAUUCGGUCAGCUAAAGAUUCUUUAAAUCAAGCCAAUACUUCUAGCACAUUUAAUAAAUCAAGUAGUUCUUUCGUAAAGUUGCCCAAAAUAUCCAUUCCAACAUUCUCAGGAAAAUAUGAUGAAUGGACAACAUUCCACGAUCUGUUUACCUCAUUAGUACAUAAUAAUGAAUCUUUAGAUAAUGUACAAAGGCUUCAUUACCUAAAGAGCCACCUUUCCGGUGAAGCAGAACAAUUGAUUCGCCACACACCUGUAACUGAUGCCAAUUAUAUUCAGUGCUGGAAUCAAUUACAGAAGCGUUAUAACAAUAAGAAAUAUUUAACAAAUUGUAUUCUUAAACGGUUGUUUAAUCAAAAACGUAUGCAGGUGGAAUCAUCUACAGCUCUGAAGGAGUUACUUGAUACCACUUGUGACUGUCUUAAUGCGUUGAACAUUUUGGGUAUUAACGUGAGCACAUGGGAUGUUAUUAUAAUUCACAUAGUUUCAUUUAAAUUGGAUAAUGAGACGCGUAAGCAAUGGGAGCUUAGUGUUGGCAACAAUGACUCCAGCAAUGACUUACCAACUUUCAACCAAUUUAAGUCUUUUAUAGAAAAUCGGUUUCGUGCGUUAGAAUGUUUAGAUCCUAAAAGGGUACCAGUUCACCAGGGCAACAACGUUAAUAAAGCAUCAAUUGCUCACUCUCCGAAGGCAAUGUUGACUACGAGUUCAUCAAUGCGAUGUGAGUUUUGCUUAGAAGGACACAAAUUGUGUUUCUGUAAGAAGUUCUCAAAACAGACGGUUGAAGCACGUCGUGAUUUUGUGAUAAUACAUAAAAUAUGUUUCAACUGUUUAGGCGGCAAUCACAUGGUUUCGGAAUGUAGAAAGCCUACUAACUACAUACACUACAUGUAA